CUAUUACAUGGUUAAGAAACUCUUAGAGGAAAACAGCUCAGGUGAAAUGAACAUAAAUUGUGUGGAUGUGCUUGGACGAAAUGCUGUUACCAUAACCAUCGAAAAUGAAAACUUGGACAUACUACAGCUUCUUUUGGAUUAUGGCUGCCAGUCAUCCGAUGCACUUUUGGUGGCUAUUGACUCGGAAGUGGUGGGAGCUGUUGACAUUCUACUUAAUCACCGACCAAAAAGAUCCUCCAGACCAACUAUUGUAAAACUAAUGGAACGCAUUCAGAACCCAGAGUACUCAACAACCAUGGAUGUGGCACCUGUCAUUUUAGCUGCUCAUCGUAACAACUAUGAAAUUCUCACCAUGCUGUUGAAGCAAGAUAUAUCAUUACCCAAACCUCAUGCUGUAGGCUGUGAAUGCACACUGUGUACUGCAAAGAACAAAAAAGAUAGUCUGCGACAUUCCAGGUUUCGUCUUGACAUUUAUCGGUGUUUGGCCAGUCCUGCUUUAAUAAUGUUGACAGAGGAGGAUCCAAUCCUGCGAGCUUUUGAACUUAGUGCAGACUUGAAAGAAUUAAGCCUUGUUGAGGUUGAAUUCAGAAAUGAUUAUGAGGAGCUAGCUCAACAGUGCAAAACCUUUGCUAAAGAUUUGCUUGCACAAGCACGGAAUUCACGAGAGCUGGAAGUUAUUCUGAAUCACACAUCUAGUGAUGAACAUGUGGACAAGCGAGGGUUGUUGGAAGAGAGGAUGAACUUAAGCCGCUUAAAACUUGCAAUCAAGUAUAAUCAAAAAGAGUUUGUUGCUCAGUCUAACUGCCAGCAGUUUUUAAACACUGUAUGGUUUGGACAGAUGGCAGGCUAUCGACGCAAGCACACAUGCAAGAAAAUUUUGACUGUUUUGAUGGUUGGCAUUUUCUGGCCAGUUCUGUCCCUGUGUUACUUGUUAGCCCCUAAAUCUCGAGUAGGUCGAAUAAUCCACACUCCUUUUAUGAAGUUUAUUAUUCAUGGAGCUUCAUAUUUCACAUUUCUAUUACUACUUAAUUUGUACUCUCUUGUCUACAAUGAGAAUAAGAAGAAUACAAUGGGACCAGCCCUUGAGAGAAUAGACUAUCUUCUGAUAAUAUGGCUAAUUGGAAUGGUGUGGUCAGAUGUUAAAAGACUCUGGUAUGAUGGUUUAGAAGACUUUUUAGAAGAAUCCCGUAAUCAGCUUAGUUUUGUCAUGAAUUCCUUGUAUUUGGCCACUUUUGCCCUCAAAGUUGUUGCCCAUAAUAAGUUUCAUGAUUACGCUGAAAGGAAGGACUGGGAUGCAUUCCAUCCUACCUUAGUGGCAGAAGGUCUUUUUGCUUUUGCUAAUGUCCUUAGUUAUCUGCGUCUCUUCUUCAUGUACACAACCAGCUCUAUUCUGGGACCACUCCAGAUUUCAAUGGGUCAGAUGCUACAAGAUUUUGGAAAAUUUUUGGGCAUGUUUCUUCUUGUCUUGUUCUCGUUCACAAUUGGAUUGACACAACUUUAUGACAAAGGAUUUACUGUAAAUGAAGAAAAAGACUGCGCGGGGAUUUUCUGUGAACAACAGAGCAAUGACACAUUCCAUUCGUUUAUUGGCACAUGUUUUGCUCUAUUCUGGUAUAUAUUCUCCCUGGCACAUGUAGCAAUUUUUGUCACACGUUUUAGCUAUGGUGAAGAAUUACAGUCUUUUGUGGGUGCUGUUAUUGUUGGUACCUACAAUGUGGUGGUUGUGAUAGUAUUAACUAAACUCCUUGUGGCAAUGCUUCAUAAAAGUUUUCAGCUGAUAGCAAAUCAUGAAGAUAAGGAAUGGAAGUUUGCUCGUGCCAAGCUUUGGCUUAGCUACUUUGAUGACAAAUGCACGCUACCUCCGCCUUUCAAUGUUAUUCCCUCUCCCAAGACUAUCUGUUAUCUUUUCAACAGUCUCAGUAAAUGGAUCUGCUCUCAUACAUCAAGCGGCAAAGUGAAGCGUCAGAACAGCCUAAAGGAAUGGAGAAAUCUGAAGCAAAAGAGAGAUGAGAAUUAUCAAAAGGUGAUGUGUUGCUUAGUCCACCGUUACUUGACCUCCAUGAGACAGAAGAUGCAAAGCACAGAUCAGGCAACUGUGGAAAACCUGAAUGAACUGCGGCAAGACUUGUCAAAAUUCCGAAAUGAAAUGAGAGACCUGCUUGGGUUUCGAACUUCUAAAUAUGCUAUGUUUUACCCAAGGAACUAAGGCCUAACAUUUAAAUGAAAAGUGCAUACUUUUAGAUACCUACAGGUGAAACCCUUGACCUAAUUCUGUGGCCAGACCAAAUAGAAAAGAUUAUUGCACAAUAAUACAAUUGAAAAUGUGUUUGCAUGAGUUGCAGCUAGAUGCAGAAGUGGUGGAACUAAAUGCAAAAACAGAUAUAGUAAUUUUCUUAAGCUCUUAAUCAUAGUGUGUAUAUAAAUUUGUAUAUAGGAAUUUUUUUAAUGUUCCUCAGACUGUGGCUGUCAGGUGUCAGAGCUUCAUAACUAGCACAAUGUGUUUGUUUCUAUUUUUGCUGUUUGUUCCUUUUUGAUACUUGUUUUUCAAGUUGUGGGAGAAGAUAGGCUUUUUAAGACAAAAAUCCAGCCUAUGUUUAUUUUUAAUAGAAAAGUCAGAUAUAGAAUAAUAGAAAAUUUCCAGCACAGUUGGAAAUAAUGUUUGACUGUAGGUUACAGUGCAUGUGAAGACUGUAUGGCUCUGAAAGAUGCAGUUCUAGUGCCAAGUUUUGUACGUUACUAACAUUUAUAGAAUACAUAAAUUCAAAUCGUCAAGACUGUUCCCCUUCGUGGGAACAUGGAAAUUUUGAACUCAAAGUAGACCAACUAUUUCUUGAAUGGUUUUGGUUAUAUGUAAGACAAUCAAUUCCUGCUUGGAUUUUUCAGCGAUGCCUCAAAAGUACAUUUUACUGUACAUGUUAAGAUUGGGAACAGAAUUUUAAAACUAACCUGUGAACUUCUAAUGUUUAAUAUCUUGGUGUUUUAAAAUCUGGAUGAGAAAUUAUUUGAAUUAUUAAAACUUGUAAUUUAACAAAAAUGAGGUGGAGCACAUGAGUGCUAUUGUUUGCAAUGCUGAACAAUUCCUGUGGAACACUGUACACUUCUUUCUGUGAGAACGUACAUUGAAUCUGGUCAUUGGACAGAUGUAGUUUAGAAGGGCCUGCUUUAGACAGGUUUUGCAUAUCCUACUUUUAAACUUGUCUUUUUUCCUUUUUUUUUUUUGUUUUUUUUGUUUUUUUUUUUUUAACCACAGUUGUU